CUCGCCUCGACGCGUUCCAACGCCCCGCGACGCAGCCCGCCCGCUCACCACAGCGCGUUGUUCCCCUGUAUCCCUUUCAUGCUUUGACGACCCAAUCCUGGGAAUCCCGGCAAAGAUGGCGCCCGAAAAUCCGCUUGCCCUCUCGUCAUCGCCAGCAAGAGUGAAGAAACGCGGUGCUGGGGAGAAGGAUGGUUCAGUCUCUCCACCCCCGUUGAAGCGCAAGGCCCAGGCAUCCAUCUCGAGGAACGCCGUCGCGAGCUUCUUCACGCCGGUAUCCCAAAAAGCAAAGGAGCCUAUCACCUGGACCGAGCGAAGCCCCGAUGUUGACUCGCCUGCCACUCUCCUCGUCGCAAAAUAUGCACCCGAGCAGGAUACAUCCGCUGCAAGAGACCACGUCGUGAAGAGGAGGAAGAUAGCUGCAUUUGAUCUGGACUCGACGUUAAUCACGACGGCGUCCGGUAAACGGCACGCUGAUGACCCGGCGGAUUGGAGGUGGUGGCAUCACUCCGUCCCAGGACGGCUGCAGAAACUAUACUAUGAAGAAGGCUAUCUGGUGGUCAUCUUCACCAACCAAGGCGGCCUGACCCUCCAUCCGGAUCCCAAAUCCAAAGCGCCCAAGACGCUCAAGAAUCGAGUGCCAAAGUUCAAGCAAAAAUGCAAUGCUGUCCUCAGCCAGUUGGGAAUCCCGGUAACCUUGUACGCCGCGACCGGCAGGGAUAUCUAUCGCAAGCCGCGGACAGGGAUGUGGACUGAGAUGAAGAGCGACUACGACCUGCUCGAGUCCGACAUUGACCACGCCAGCAGUAUUUUUGUCGGCGAUGCCGGUGGCCGCAUCGCCGAGCCUGGGGCAGCCAGCACCCUUCAAAAAGACUUCAGUUGUUCCGAUCGAAACCUCGCCCACAAUAUCGGUAUCAGAUACCAAAGUCCGGAAGAAUUCUUUCUUGGGGAGACGCCGCGGCCCUUUACAAGGGAUCUUGACUUGGCCAACUUUCCCUUUUUAGAUGAAGACGACGCCCCAGUUAUGAAAACAAACGACAAGGACAUCAUCCUGUUUGUUGGACCACCGGGGGCCGGCAAGAGCACAUUCUACUGGAAGUAUUUGCAACCGUUGGGCUAUGAGAGAGUCAACCAAGAUAUACUGAAGAGCAAGGACAAGUGCCUCAAGGUAGCUGCGGAAUUGCUCAAAGAGGGCGAGUCUGUCGUUGUUGACAACACAAAUCCCGACCUCGAUACUCGCUCCCAAUGGGUUGCGCUCGCCCGCGAGCAUAAAGUGCCGAUUCGCUGCGUCUGGUUCAAAACGCCCCUGGGCCUGUGCGAGCACAAUGACGCCGUACGAUCUCUUAACAAAUCGCUGAACCCCGAAGCCCGCCAGGGACUGCCCAAGCUUGCGUUUAAUGGCUUCGGAUCGCGAUUCAGGGAGCCGAAAGCAGCGGAAGGAUUCCAAGACGUCAUCCCUGUGGACUUUAAGUUCAAGGGAACAAAAGAAGAGUACGACAUUUGGUGCCGGUACUGGCUCUGAGCGUUCCCAUUCGAGCAUUACUCGGCGGGGUUCCCCGGAGCCGUACUCAGCUUUUGCUGUGAUCUUGCAAUGCCGUUCCUGGACGAUGAAAUGCUGGAACAGGUUGCACUGCGGGUCAGGUCACUGCCUUCUAAAGUAUCGAUCCGUUGACCCAUGGGACAGCCGGGUUGAUCGUCUGCAGCCUUUGAGGCUGCAGCACCUUCCUGACAGAAGGCAACAAUCACCGCCGGCAGCACAUAGCGUACGGAUCAUCCGACUUAUGUAUAUUGUAUUACACGGCAGCAGGUAUCUUCAGCUCGCGAACUCGUGGUGGUGAUAGUCUCUUAUCGAGCAACAGCUCGCGUGCUCAUCUGGCACAGCCGAGACAGCCUCAUCCCUUGGUUUUUCU